CACACGCACACUGACUCAUUUCUGCUUCCACUCUCUUCUCCAUCGUCUCAUUCUUUUUAUACCCUCUUCCCCACUCUUCCUCUGCCUCUUUGCCUCUCUUCAUCAUCUCUCCGUAACCACCGGCAACAGUGCUGAGCAGUCUCCCUCACCAAGCCUGUGGAUGCCUUCACUUGACUUAAUUAGCCUUGAAGUGCUGUUGAAGAUCAUCAUAUUUAGCUUAACGACUGAGCAGCACAGUGCAGACAGAUAGAGCCGGGUUGGCUGGAGGUGCUGGUGCCUGGCUCUCUAUCUCUGCCUGCUCACACUCAGCGCCGAGGGCUUCUGACUGGCGGAGCAGUGGAAGUGAGGGGUGGCUUGCAUUGAAAGAGAGGAGAAGCGGGGAAACAAGAGAGCAAAGCGGAGUGCAGAGCUUGGCGACACCACAGGAUGGGACCCUGCUACGGGAGCAAAGCAUCCUAGAAGCAGGGAGGCGGAGGAAGCAGCAGAUACUGAGGCGGCGGUGCUGCAGCUCACACAGAUUUAAGAUGAUUGACAGCCAGGCGUCGGCUCAGCGGAGAACGAUGAGGACCUUCCCGGGGACCGAGACCAACAGCAAGACCAGCACCUACAUUGUGCCCUGCUUCCUCUUUGUGGAGCUGGUCAUCAUGGCAGGAACAGUUCUUUUGGCGUACUACUUCGAGUACACGAACACGUUCCCCGUGCACAUCCAAGGCUUCUUCUGCUUCGACAAAGCCUACUCCAAACCGUACCCAGGACCAGAGGACAACAGCAAGGCACCACCCGUGCUCGUCUACUCCCUCGUUACCGCCAUCCCCACUGUGACGAUUCUGAUUGGGGAAGUGACCAGUUUCUUUGUCAAAACGGAAGGAGCUCAGGAGAAGACAAUAGUAACCGCCGACUGCUGCUACUUCAACCCUCUACUACGUAGGAUUGUCCGUUUUCUAGGGGUUUACUCCUUUGGCCUCUUCACCACCACCAUCUUCGCUAAUGCGGGUCAGGUGGUGACAGGAAACCAGACGCCUCAUUUCCUGUCUGCCUGCAAGCCAAAUUACACAGCUCUAGGCUGCCAGUCUCCUCUGCAGUACAUCACGGAGCACAGGGCCUGCACGGGAAACCCGUACCUGGUGGCAUCGGCCCGCAAGUCCUUCCCCUCCAAAGAUGCAGCACUUAGCUUUUAUUCAGCUGUCUACACAGUGAUGUAUGUGACCCUGGUGUUCCGGACAAAAGGGACCCGUUUGACCAAGCCCACCCUAUGUUUGGUGCUGCUGUCUCUAGCCGUGCUGGUCGGGGUGGUCAGGGUGACUGAACACAGAAACCACUGGAAUGAUGUUCUGGCUGGGUUUGUCACUGGAGGAGCCAUCGCCGCUUUCUUGGUCACAUGUGUGAUCAACAACUUCAAGUCAACCCAGACGAGGGUGCCGCCGCCGGCGCUGCCUCCUCCCCAGCACACUGAGCCCACUGUUGGUCUGCCGCUCCUCACCCUGCCUCGUGUGGAGAGUCCACUCGAAAAGCUCCAGGGCUACCAUAUUCUGAGAUCACAUGACCAUCAGCCAAUCCCAUCCCCCGCCCCUGCCGACGUGCUCCUCCCCUCGCGGCGUUGCCUCACCAGCUCAGUCUAGACCUGCCAUCAGACUGCCCCCUGCCCUGCCCCGCCCACCCCAAAGGACGACACCCUCUCCGCAGAGUCAAAUCCACCCAGGUCUGAAGCUCCAUGAAAGGAUAAGAGACAGAAGAGACAACGUCGCAGAGCCUUGCCUAAAACCCAGCGUCUGCUGUGCACCGAUGUGAUGCGGAGAUCUGACCGUCCUGUUCCGUGACCGCUGAAAGACUCGCCAAAUUCAGAGCUGUUGAAGCAAUACUGUGUCCUAUUUCCUUGCCCAGUUUUCCACAAAAACUCAACAGUGAUUCUAAAUACUGUUGGGUAUUGAUGACUUGAUAUAAUAAAAGUCAGCAGAGCUGAGAAUCAAAGAAAAUUCCAUUCACAAGUGGAUCAUCCUCAAAGAACGUUUCACAAAACUCAGGACAACGUAGUGGAAAAGAUAGUGGACAAGACUGGAAAAUCAACAGACAUUUAUGUAAUAAAAAUGCAGGCACCUUUGAAUAUUAUAGUACAGAAUCUUUUUUUGACUCAGUCUAAAAAAGGCGCCGUAUAAAACGACAGCCCUUUUGUAAGUCAUAGUACAGUUGAACUGAUUCGUGUUCAGUAAACUGUUUGUUUUGGGGAAUUUGAGUUUAAUCUCUUAUUGUAUAGUGUGUGAUGUGAUAGAAAACAGAUUUAUACACAUUUUCAGAUGUACUUUUGAUAGCACAUUUGUUUCAGGGAUGUCCGUUAAUCCCUGAAUUUCACUAAACUGGAUUCCUACCAAUUAUCCAAAUAUCUGUUCAGGUGUGUUGAUUGUCUAUAGCUUUUAUUAUGGAAAUGUUGAAAUUGGACAUAUGAAUGGUCAUUAAAGGAGUCAUACUGUGCAGGA